CGCGGGGCGGAACUCGAUCAGAUCCACAAAGUUGUUGCAAAACGUCCGACCUGCUGCAGUCCGGGACCACUUCAUAAAUACUCAUAAAAAAGAGGAAGACUUCCAGGCUGCACAGGACACUGUGAUCAUGGCAGUGUGUGUCUGUCACAGGGAGCUUCUUCCUCACAGGUGGGAUAAGGACUAAAUUGAGCAGCCUCCCCUACAUGAGCUCAAGGUUCAGACUGUGACUGUUUCAGAUGAAGCAGUGAUGGUGGAGGAGGACAUCGGGCCGGCUCAGAGCCCGCUGGUCGCAGUCACCUUCCAGAGGAACGUCCACAGGAAAGAGAAGUACCUGGAGGCUGAACCCAAAGCUCUGGGGGUCACUCAGAUUGGUCUCAGUGUGUUUCAGAUCAUCUGUGUGAGUGUGUUUCUGACCAGCGGCCUGAGUAACUUGCAGACUGACAUACCCUUCUUCAUUUCAUCUGUACUGGUGGUUAUAGCUGGCAGUUUGGCUGUAGCAGCACAGAACCUCCACCUGCCCACGCUCAGAGCCUGUCUGGGGAUGCAGAUCGUGGCCUGUGGUGCCUCCCUCUUCAACAUGAUCUGCACUCUGGUUAAAAUGGAAGAAAUGCCCUCGUUCUGCUGGCAUUAUUACUAUGACAACCUCACUCUUCAUUACGGCGAAAUCUGCCAUAAAAUUGAGAAUACCCAUUCCCACUUCUACGCUGAGGGUGUGGUCAUCCAGGCGGCUCUUUUGGCCAUUUCAGCCACUCUGGCCGCCUACUGCUGCAAGGUGGUCAACUGCUGCGCACCAGCCCCCAAAAUACCGGUGAUCACUGUACAAGCCCCCCCGUCCCGCAGUGAGGAGACAGCACAGAGGAGUCACACGUAAACGCUACAAACUUAAAGCUGCACUAAUCAAUCAUUUUAAUGGAUGAAAUGAAUGUGUAAAUAGUGAAUUUUGUUACUUGUAGUAUGAACACAAACAGAAUUAUCACCAACUCUGCAAUUACCCUCAGAUCUUUAGCCUCUUUUAAAUGAGCUAUUUGUAAGCUAAAUAGCUAACAUUAGCAUUAGCAGCUGUUUACUUACCAGUCUACAAGUAACGUUGUGAGUUCAGCAUGAGACUAGUUAACCCUAGUCUCUAUCACGUCUUUUCUUCUACUGAAGUUAGCAUGCUAACCAGCUAGCCCCGGCCUUAUCAUCCCAUCUCAUCACUUUCUUGGAGCAUUUAGCCACUAAAGAGUCCGAUAUUUUACUCAGGAAUUGGUAAGGACCAAAGCAGGACUCCAAAUCAAUGCUAAUGUUGCUCUGUGUUUUUUGAAAGUGUAAAACAAGCAACUGUUUGCUAAUGCAAACUAUUUUGUGAUAAUGUCAGUGUUGUGUUUACAGCUUGUUUUGCUGCCCCCAAGUGACAAAAAAAGUAGCUAUUUGUAUAAUUGCACACUAUGUAUAAUCAUACUUUUUUUUUUUUAAUGAGUUUUAUAUUUACUCAUUCUAUAAUGUGAAAUUUAAUCAUGGUCCAUUGAGGCCACAAGAGGCAGUUACAUGGUAAGAGAGUGAACAUCAGUAACACAUGAAUAUCUGUCUAAGGUUUGCUAAAGUUAGCUAACAUUAGCCAUCAUAAGCUACCGCACGUACCAGACCAGAGUUAUGAGCCUUAGUUGUUGGGUUAUGUUAGAAAACAAUUUCUUCUUUUAAAGACACAGUCUCUCUGAAACACUGAGGAACAUUACAGAGGGUCAAUAAUACAACAAAUAAACUUUGUUUUAACAUACGCUUACAACAUUAAUAACAAAUAAUGCAAUAAUGUUUUUCUGAUAAUAUUUUUGUUCUGAUUGAUACUUUAUUAUAAUCACUACCUAAAUGAUGUUUCAUGAUGUCUCCUUUAUCACAGCAAAUACAACUAUGGAUAAUAAAGAGUUGACAUAUGUAAAGGA